AUGGCGGAGGCUCUAGGAAUCGUUUCGUCCAUUACCGGCCUCGUCCAAAACACCGCUACUAUCGUCAAAUACCUACAGGAUGUAAAGAAUGCGCCCAAAGAACGGCAUGACCUCUUGAGAGAGCUACAGUAUGUGGACAGCUAUCUGUCCAGCGCAGAAAGGCAGAUUCGGGCAGCGACCGAAAACGACAAGUGGUUGGCGGAGUUGAAGGAGUCGAAAAAACCUUUCGAUGAGUUUUCUGACUUUCUCCUUGAGCUCAAGGAGAGGUUGGAGGCUGGAUCAUCCCGGUGGCGGAGGACGUUUCAUAGGCUGCGUUGGACGCUUACUAAAGAGAGCGUGGAAGGGGAUCUGAAGAAGAUUGAACGUUUCAAGACUUUUCUCAUGAUCGUUAUACAACACGACCAUCUCACUUUAUCCAGUGCGAUAAAGAAAAGUGUCGAUACUAUCUUAGAAAACACAAACCGAACGAAGCAGACACAGAUAGGUGCGCUCAUGACAAAACCGAAAAAAGCGGUGACGUGGCUGAGCCCUUUGGAUUUCAAUGCUGUUCUCAGCGCCAAGCUGGACGAGCGCACGAGCGAAACGGGAGGGUGGUUUUUGGAGUCCCAAGAGUUUACAGAAUGGAAGAAUUCUAAAGCACCCUCCACCCUGUGUUGUUUUGGCGGUCCCGGUGUCGGAAAGUCAAUCCUCGCUUCUACUGCUGUCAAUCAUUUGCACGCAACAUCAGAGGGAAGAAAAAUCCUUGUCUUGUGCAUCUUUUGCGACUACAAGAGUGCAGUAGCCCAGACGGUACCCAAUUUCAUCCGUAGCCUCUUGAAGCAAGUCGUUCAAGCCCGCCGAUGCCUGACUCCUUCAAUUGAAUCCCUCUAUGACAAACAUUUUUUGGACGCUUUGGAUGAACUUGAUGGUGACGGACGCCGGGAAGCGCUCGUUAAUGCCCUGAGGGCGUUAGGCGAGCAGAUUCGUCUCUUUGUGACUUCGAGAUACAUCCCUACAACACAAUCAUUGCUCAAGGCGGAUAUCAAUUUGGAGAUCCGACGAGCGGAUGAUACUGAUGUUGAAAAAUAUAUCAAGACCAGGAUCAAGGAACCUGAGGGUUGUCUCCGGGCACAUCUCCUUAAAGAUGAGGAAGGGGGUGGGAAUCUGCGCCAGGAGAUAGUCAAGACAGUUGUGGAGAAGGCGGAUGGCAUGUUCCUUUUGGCAAGGAUGCACAUGAAUUUGUUGACUGGUUGUAUGACUCGUGCGCAACUUAACAAGGAACUGCAUGCACUGCCAACUACCCUCGGCCUGACGUAUAAAUUUCUGCUAAAGAGGAUGGACAUUCAACUGCGCCACCUUCCUAAAGAAGUCGCCGACCACUUGCAAGGUCUCUCUGCCUUCGACCAGAAAGCCCUCGCCUAUCGCGUAUUCGGCUGGAUAGCCUUUGCUGCACGUCCUUUGAAUGUAUCGGAACUGCAGCAUGCAUUGGCCAUUGAACUAGGAACAAAGCAGCUCGAUCUUGGAAAUAUUAUUGACGAGGACAUUCUUAUAAAUCUUUGCGCGGGAUUUGUUGUUAUUGACGGCAAUAGAGAUAUCAGAUUUGUGCACUAUACUACCCAAGAAUAUUUCAUUCUGCACCGGGAUGAACUUUUCCGCAACAUUCACGAAAAAAUCACACGCACCUGUCUUACGUACAUGUCAUUUGACACUUUUGAUUCUCUCAAGGGCUUUAACCAGUGGGACUUCUGGAAAUUGGAGAAGAAUGCCUUCUUUGAAUAUUCAUCAAGGAACUGGGCCUACCACGCCAGGGCUUGUGGACAAAACACCGUAGAACAGGAGAUCCUUGAUUUCCUGCGAACUCGGGCAGAAGUUGCACGGUGGUAUCUGAGUCUAGACGACAAGCUGUAUGCCAAGGCAAAAAUGCCACCCACCGCUGCAUGGUUUUCUGCCUAUUAUGGCCUGGUACAUGUCAUGAAGAUCCUAAUAGCUCAACGGGUCAACCUGCAGAAUGAGAAUGUGUUGUGUAUUGCAGCGUACGCAGGUCACCUCGACAUAGUUGACAUGUUGCUGUUACGAAAUGACGUGGAUGUGAACCAGGUUGCCUCUGAAUCUGUUGGUCGCUUACAUUCCUACACGCCUCUCAUUGCCGCAGCGUCCGAGGGUCACGAAGAAAUCGUCAAAAAACUACUGCAGUCCAAAAGCAUGACAUCGUUGAACAAGCUGUCUCCAUAUUGGGAGUGCACAGCACUAUCAGCAGCCGUGCGGAAUAACCACACUGAAGUGGUUAAGCUCUUGCUAUCGCAGCCUGACAUUGACACUUCCAUCGGGUUCUACAACACCCCCCUUAUUGAUGCUUCACGGUUCGAUCAUGACGAAAUUGUGAGGGUGCUCUUGGAGUGGGGAAAGGAUGAUCCUAAUGCUUCAGGGAAUGAUGGGAUGAAUGCUUUACAUGACGCUGUUGAAUAUGACAAUUUCAAUAUCCUCCGGAUACUCAUGAACUCGGACCGGGUGGACGUGAAUAGGACAGAUCUCAAAGGAAGGACUACCCUUCACUCUGCCGUGUAUUGGAAUGAACUGAAGUUUGUCGAACUGUUACUUACACACAAGGGUAUCGAUAUGAUGGUAAAGGAUGGUGACGGCAGAAGUGCAUAUGAUAUAGCGGUUGCAAAGGAAUACUACGAGAUAGCAGCACUGCUUGCAGAGCAUGGAGGGAAGGCCCUAGGACCCCAUGAGUGA